GCUGGGGGGGCGGCGCCCGCGCCGCGCCGCCUCCGCGGGGACAAUAGCGUGGGGCCAUGUCGUCCGCCGGCGGUCGCCAGCCCAGCCAGAGCCGGGCCAUCCCCACCCGCACCGUGGCCCUCAGCGACGCGGCGCAGCUUCCCCCGGACUACUGCACCACCCCCGGCGGCACCCUCUUCUCCACCACCCCCGGAGGCACUCGGAUCAUCUACGACCGCAAGUUCCUGCUGGACCGUCGCAACUCCCCCAUGGCCCAGACCCCGCCUUGUCACCUCCCCGAUAUUCCCGGCGUCACCAGCCCUGGCUCGGCCGGUGAGGAACCCAAAGCAGAUGCCAACAGCCUGAACCAUCAGGAGGGGAAGCCAUCCAUGGGGGACGACGCUCAGUUCGAGAUGGAUAUCUGAGCAGGAACCACGGAGAGGCAGCAACUCCCCAGACCUGUGCACACCCCAUUUGGCUUAGCAGGAUCCAUCCCGGCGAAGGAGAGGUGGCAGUGGCCCCCUCCCUGCCUGCCUCCUCCCCUCUUCCUUUCCUCCUCAAAACAAUCCUUGCCCCUCCUGUUACCCCAAACCUCCUGUUGCUGGCAGCUUGGUGGUCCGGAGCUGCAUCACCCCCUUUGCCCUUCCUCCCAGAAAAUUUGGACAGCCUUUCCAGAGCAGGGGAAAGCGUUGCUCCUAAAACCAAGAACCCACUUGCACCCCAGGGAGGGUUUUUUUUCAGUUCCCCUGGGACCCGCUGGCAUUUGGUGGUGGAUGACGUUGUCAGCCCACUCCCUUCGGUGCUCUGGGGGUCUGAGUUAAUCCUCGAUGGCGCUGGGCAGUGUGCCCGCAGCUCUCCGUUAUCUGGAUUUCUUCUGUCUCGUCCCUUUGGCCAGGUGCUGCAUCCCCAACCCACCAGACAGGACUGAAAGCAACGUAGCCAUAUGUUACAAAAAAACCUUGCUUUUAUUUUUUUUGGUACUAAAAAGGGGCACUUUACCAGCAAUGCUUCUGGGUUUUGGGGCUGGGGAUGAGUACCUCCGAGAAAGUGCUUUCUAGUGCUUGGUUUUUAAUCCCCCCACCCACCCCUUCAAAAUGUGAAUAACACAGGAGUGAAAUCCCUGGUCGCUGUUGGAUGUCUCAGGAAUAGCUGGGUGCCCGGGGACAUGUGGGGGCUCUGCGGUGCCCCAGUUGCUGUCCCCUGUUUGCUUUUCACACUGGGACUUCCUCCCCCACCAGUCAGGUCAUUCUGCCCUUGAAACCCACCCCUAGAGAUGGGAUAUCUUUUUUCUUCUCUCUCAGCGUGACUCUCACCUGGAAGAGCAGCGUUGGGUGAGGGCAUGUGUGGCAGGGGACACCGCGGGGGUGUCAUGCUGUGCCCCUCCCGAGCCUGACAGCCCCUCUUCUUUGAUUUUACUACCUGUUGGGAGCCAUCGACAGCUUUGCAACCUUCUCAAGUGCCAUUUUAUGAGCCCCCACCUGAGUGCCUGUUCCAUCCACCCUCUGUCCCUCUCUGAGGGUGCCCCCCUGCCCGGUAGCCAGCCCUGGGGACUCGUUGCCUGCUGGGGCGGUGGCUUGGUGCUGCAGGCUUUGUGCACUUUCCGUCCGGUAAUUUAUUUCUCUAGGUGUGUUUGGUGCGGGUCGGCGCGGCGGUUGGUUGCGAGCUCCCAUCUUCCACCUGCUUUUCUUGUGAGGGGGGAGGGGGCUGCAGUUCUCUUUGGGGGGAAAAAACAGCAAAAAAACACCCUCAAACCCUAAGGGAUUGGGAUGUCUGUCCCAUCCUUUCACUUGCGUGGGUAGUGCUCGGUGGGACACGACAUGAACACGCAGCCGGCCGUCAUAGGCGCACGAGUGAGUGAGUGCAAGUAGAAAUAUGUAUAUGCGUGUGGGUGGGUGGUGAUAAGACACACACAAAUAUAUAUAUUAUAUAUAAAUAAAUAUAUUUUCCUUAAAGAGAAGAUCCUAGGAGGUCUGUUAGGUCCUCGGAUCGAGGCAGGGGCAGGGGCAGGGGGCGAGGACAUCCUCCGCAGAGUGGGGACAGCCGCCGCAGCCGCAGGGACCCGGCACCUCGGGCACAGCCACUCGUUUUGGGAAACCUGCUGUCCAAGCCAAAAGAAAAAAAGCCAACAAAGCUAUCCAAGGACAAUCUACCUUACGGACAGGAGCCGGAGGGAAACCACUUGUAUUUUUUAAACACCCCCUUUCCUGACCUCCUUUCAUCUCCGUUCCCCUUCCCAGCGGCUUUCUCUCGGUUCCCUUCUAGAGCCAGGCUCGGGGCUGAAAAGCAGGGAGGGAGUGCCUGGCCUCGCUGGGGCAGCUCCUCUGCUAGUCAGGGUAUCGAUUUGGGUUUGUUUUCUACCGUCUCUUCAAGCAGGUAUUUGGGAGGAGAAAAGCUCUCGCCAGUGGUUGCUGUUACAGUCAGUUCAAUAAAGAUCUUGGUUCUAUUAAA